AAAGACAAUGCGGAAGAUAAUAAACCUUGUACAGUCGUGUAAGGGACUGCGCCGGCGCGCGCGCGCGCCUGUAAACCGAGUUGAAGCGCGAGCCGCGCCACCAGCAGAGAGGGGUUCCCCUCACAGAGCAGAGAGGCUGACAGAGAAUGUUUGAAAGCUCGGGCAACAACGAGGAAGUGCCACAGAGGACCGAGUGAACAGACUCAACGUGCGUCUGAACUUUCUGAAAGUGAAAUGACCGGAUUUAGAGGCUGAAGUGGAAGAAGCUUUGCGCUCUUUCUCGUCGUGCGCCCUCGCGACGGAUUAAGGUCUCCAAUGCCAAAAGAGUGCAGGAGAAAGACCUCCAAGGACUUCGGGCUCCCUGGGAUAAACGAGGGAUCUCGCUUAGAGCGAAGAUCAGCCGGGAAGUCAUCCCAGAUUUGCGAUGAGCUCCUUCAGAAAGCCGCUCAAAUCGCCCCGUCGUCUGCAACCGCAGCGCCGACUGUGAUGGAUGCGCGCCGGGUACCGCAGGUUACCAUCACCCCGGAGGGAGGCGGCUGCUCCCGGGAGAUGCGACAGGAGGACUGGGAUGAUGCGGUGGACGGUACCCUGCGCAGGAAACUGUCCAAUUCCUCCAUCUCCUCCACGGGGUCCUCUGCUGUGGAGUCCGAAGAUGACUUACUCAGUGACAACGAGAGCAGAAGCAAAGGCAUCAUAACUUUGGAGCAUCUGGUGGACACUGGAGAGAGCAAGCCGUGGUGGAAGUUAAAGACGAUUGUUCAGUGGCCCUUCAGGGCUACCCAGAGGAGAAAACUAAACUGGGUUCAACUCGCUGGGCAUAAAGGUAACUUCAAAGCGGCAGAUGAGGGCACCAUUCUGAAGAAGUUCUCAGAAAACGAGAUGCAGUGUUUUGAGAAGCUGAGGGACGACGCGCUGCUCCCAUUUGUUCCCGGUUACCAUGGCGUUGUGGAAAAAGACGGAGAAUCUUUCCUCCAUAUGACUGACCUGCUGGCGAACUUUGACCUUCCCAAUGUCAUGGACUGCAAGAUGGGAGUGAGGACGUACUUGGAGGAGGAGCUCGUUCGAGCGCGAGAGCGGCCCAAGCCGAGGGAGGACCUGUACAGGAAAAUGGUGGAGGUGGACAGCGAAGGGCCCACCCCCCAGGAGCACACCCAACGAGGCGUCACCAAGCCUCGCUACAUGCAGUGGAGGGAGACCAUGAGCUCCACCAACACCCUGGGCUUCAGGAUAGAAGGGAUCAAGAAAUGUGACGGUACAUGUCGAACUGACUUCAAGAAAACAAGAUCGAAGCAGGAUGUCAUCCAGGUGUUCAACGACUUUGUUGGAGGGAACUUCAACCUUAUAACAUCUUACCUGAGCAGACUGACGGAGAUCCGGCAGGCCCUGAAGACGUCAGAGUUCUUCAAGCGACACGAGGUCAUUGGAAGCUCUCUCCUCUUUAUCCAUGACCACACAGGCAAUGCACAGGUCUGGAUUAUUGACUUUGGCAAGACCACAGCGUUACCGGAGGGCCAGAUGUUAAACCACGACAUUCCCUGGCAGGAGGGCAACCGGGAGGACGGUUAUCUGUGGGGGCUGGAAAACCUCAUCCACACAUUGGAGUCUGUAAGCAACAACGGGACCAGCGAACAAAGCUGUUGUUCAUUUGCCAUACAAAAUAGCCAGGCUCUAGAAGCAGGUGGCCAGUGACCUUUGACUUAUUAAUAUAAAAGGAAAUCAAACUAUUUUACCCACAGAGAGGCCCUUAGGGAGGUUUCACAUAUGUUGAUAUGCUUUGGGAGCUCUAUGAGCAAUGUUAAAAAGAGUACAUUUACCGUUUCAAGCAACAAGUGACCAUAUUUGGCACUGAACCGUUUGAUACUUACACUGACAGCGAAGACAGGAUGGACACUGAAACAGAGAGGAGCAGAGAAUUUGUCACUAGUCUGAGUAAAAGAACUGACACUAAUUCAACUUCCUUCAAAAUGAGCAGAAGUGAAAGUGUGGGCUUUCUGCAUUUCAGUUUUAGGGAGGGGAUGUUGCAUGUGAAGGAAAUGCUCAUAGAAUCCUAAUUAAAUCAAGGAGAGUCAAGUCACAAACUCAGUCUCACUUCAUACCACCAACUGUAACCAUCAGCCAUGAUGUUACAAACCUGAGUGUAAUAUUAAAGCACAAUUUCUUUUCAGUAUGAAACUCUGACUGGGUCACAGACCUUAUAGUCAUAUGACUACAACAUUAUAACACAUUCUCAGUAUAGUACUGCAUAAUUAUUAGACUGUAUUAUCAGUGUCACUGUUUUGAUAAACCGUCAUGUAUUGUGUAACAAUUUAUAUUUUUUUCAUUGAUUAUAUCACUGUAAUCAAACUUGUAAAUAUUUAAAUUUCUUGUGCUGUUGCACAACAACAAAGCA